CCAGAAUACAUAUUUAUGCUCCACCGUUGCUGAAAGAAUUUCGACUAAUCCUUCUUUAAGUCUCUCUUACCCUCCUGUACUAUUAACACCAUUGUAAGUAGGCAGUGGAGCUACAUUUGCAGGGAGAGAGAAGAGCGAAAAAUUGGCGCGCAGAGCUGUAAAGCGUUUUUCUCCAGGUCACACCGCAGCCUGUAAAUUUGUGCCACUUGGACCGAUUAUGGGACAGCUUGCAAACAAAUUAUCUGCAAACUAACGAAGGCUAUUUUUAAAGAUCCCUGUUCCUCGCAGCUCUAGGCGAUGACAUCAGAGAACCCGGAGUUCCACCUCCGAGCCAAGCCCAGUGGUGCUCAAAAACUACGAAUACCAGGAAGCACCGCGGCGCGGCGGCCCAGAGCUCCGCGCGCAAGCCUCCCCGGCGCGCCGAGGCCGCCGCCGCUGGAACCAGGAAGACGCCAGACACUCGGCCCGCCACGCCGCAGGGACCCGCGCGGGGCCUGCCGGGACUCGUAGUCUCUGCGGGCUGGGAGCGCCCGCUCCGGAAUCUCAGCCGCCGUCUGAGGGCUGAGGCAGCGUGGGGACGCGUGCGCAGUGCGCGGGCUGGCCGUCGCGGACGCCGCUCCGGGCAGCCGAGCCUCUGUGGGAGCCGGGGCCGCGGCGGCGCGGGUGCUCCGGGCCGAGGCCGCGUGUAAUGUUCAAGCUCAGAAAUGCCUUAUGUGGAUCGUCAGAAUCGCAUUUGUGGUUUUCUAGACAUUGAAGAAAAUGAAAACAGUGGGAAAUUUCUUCGAAGGUACUUCAUACUGGAUACCAGAGAAGAUAGUUUCGUGUGGUACAUGGAUAAUCCACAGAACCUACCUUCUGGAUCAUCACGUGUUGGAGCCAUUAAGCUUACCUACAUUUCAAAGGUUAGCGAUGCUACUAAGCUAAGGCCAAAGGCGGAGUUCUGUUUUGUUAUGAAUGCAGGAAUGAGGAAGUACUUCCUACAAGCCAAUGAUCAGCAGGACCUAGUGGAAUGGGUAAAUGUGUUAAACAAAGCUAUAAAAAUUACAGUACCAAAGCAGUCAGACUCACAGCCUAAUUCUGAUAACCUAAGUCGCCAUGGUGAAUGUGGGAAAAAGCAAGUGUCUUACAGAACUGAUAUUGUUGGUGGCGUACCCAUCAUUACUCCCACUCAGAAAGAAGAAGUAAAUGAAUGUGGUGAAAGUAUUGACAGAAAUAAUCUGAAACGGUCACAAAGCCAUCUUCCUUACUUUACUCCUAAACCACCUCAAGAUAGUGCGGUUAUCAAAGCUGGAUAUUGUGUAAAACAAGGAGCAGUGAUGAAAAACUGGAAGAGAAGAUAUUUUCAGUUGGAUGAAAACACAAUAGGCUACUUCAAAUCUGAACUGGAAAAGGAACCUCUUCGCGUAAUACCACUUAAAGAGGUUCAUAAAGUCCAGGAAUGUAAGCAAAGCGACAUAAUGAUGAGGGACAACCUCUUUGAAAUUGUAACAACGUCUCGAACUUUCUAUGUGCAGGCUGAUAGCCCUGAAGAGAUGCACAGUUGGAUUAAAGCAGUCUCUGGCGCCAUUGUAGCACAGCGGGGUCCCGGCAGAUCUGCAUCUUCUGAGCAUCCCCCCGGUCCUUCAGAAUCCAAACACGCUUUCCGUCCUACCAACGCAGCCGCCGCCACCUCACAUUCCACAGCCUCUCGCAGCAACUCUUUGGUCUCAACCUUUACCAUGGAGAAGCGAGGAUUUUACGAGUCUCUUGCCAAGGUCAAGCCAGGGAACUUCAAGGUCCAGACUGUCUCUCCAAGAGAACCAGCUUCCAAAGUGACUGAACAAGCUCUGUUAAGACCUCAAAGUAAAAAUGGCCCUCAGGAAAAAGAUUGUGACCUAGUAGACUUGGACGAUGCGAGCCUUCCGGUCAGUGACGUGUGAGGCAGAAGCGCACGGAGCCUGCCUGCCUCUGCCGUCCUCAGUUUCCUUUCAUGAGGCUUCUAGCCAAAGAUGAUAAAGGGGGAAAUGGUUUUUAGUGCGUAUAUUAUACUGCCUCUUAGGUGUACUCUUUAUAAGCUGGUAAACCAAGAAUCUAGGGAGUGGCCAAACUAAAUAUAAUUUCUUUAAAAAAGAAAGAAAAAGGAAAAACCCAAAAUAUCUCAGUAUCAUCUGUCUGAAGCAUUGUGUGUUCUCAUUCGGGUGGUAACAAUAUAUGUGUAAUAUUUUUUUCUUAGUGAUUUUGACAGUUUAAAUGUUUAACAACUUAAAACAUUAAAAAUGCUUAUUAAUAACUUUGGUCAUUUAAAAAAUGCUACAAUGACUUCCUAUUAAAGGUUCAAUAUUUACACAUUCUUGUUGGUUGAUAUUACCACAUGAAAUAUUGCCAGACCAAGAUACCUAAACUCAUGAUGUCUGUGGUGCUGUAAAAUUUAUACUAAAAUGUGGACUAUUUUGAAAUUAUAACCAUUUUUGAUGCCCUGAAUCUUGAGGUGACUUAUUUUGCAUAGAGGAUAUUAAUAGACCAACAGUAAGGGUUGUGGGUUAUACCGGCAUAGAGAAAAGAAGAAAAGUAGAAUUGAAACAACUCUGUCUUAGACAUUUGUUUGAAAAAGCUUCAUCAGGCCUUGGAGCAGUCACUGCUUUAUUCUGCAAAAAUUAUUUGGUAGGAAAUUUUUGGGAGAUCUGAUUUUCUUAUCCAAGUUUUGUAAAUAGUUGUUAUUUCUAUAUUUGGAUUGGUGAAAGACCUCAAGUUUAUAUGUAAAGACAUAACUGCCCUUAGUCAUGAAAUUGUUGUGACCUCUACUUUUUGUCACUAAUAGCCUAUAUUCAAGUGCCUGUGUUUUUUCAUCUUGUUUAGUAAUGUUUCGAGAUUAAUGUGCUUAAAAGUCCUACAUGACUGAUUUUAAACAUUGGGAUAAAAUUAAUUUUCAGUAGAAUAGUUGAAUGUGUUAAGAUAGGAUUUUAUGUUAGAGAUACCAGAAUGCUGGUAUUCUACUACCUGUGCAAUAUAUAUGUUUUAAAAAACAAAUUUGAGAAUACAUUUAAUCAUAGGGAUAUAGAUAUAAGCACCUCUCUAAAGAAUCUUUAGUUUCCGACGUUGAAUUAUAGACCAGUUUGAGUAAGUACUGCUUUUUUUUUUUUGGAGACGGGCUCUCACUCUGUUGCUCAGGCUGGAGUGCAGUGGCGUGAUCUCAGCUCACUACAACCUCCACCUCCUGGGUUCAAACAGUUCUGCUGCCUCAGCUUCCCGAGUAGCUAGGAUUACAGGUGCAUGCCACCACACCUGGCUAAUUUUUAUAUUUUAGUAGAGAUGGGGUUUCACCAUGUUGGCCAGGCUCGUCUCGAACUCCUGACUUCAGGUGAUCCACCCAUCUCAGCCUCCCAAAGUGCUGGGAUUACAGGCGUGAGCCACCAUGCCCGGCCCAUAAGUACCGUUUUUGAGGUUCAGUCUUAAACAUUUGCUUUAAGAAAACAGUCUUGAAUUUCACAUGCUGCUAUUUUUAUAUUUUGCCAUUUUACAGUACUGUUUUGUUUUGAAUUCAUGCAUAUCAUUGAAAAUUUCUCGUUUUCAUUUUCUUAGAUGACUUCUUGUCUGAGACAGAGAAAAAUUUCCUACUACAGCAGUGCGGUCCAGAGGUUAAGAUGUAUUAGAAUUAUACAAUAUCAGUUUAAAAAUCUGUAUGCAUAAAGAAUGCACCACUCAACUUUUUUAUUCAUAAGCUAAUAUUUUUUUAAAGUUAUAUUAAGAUUUUUUCUCUUUUGCAGCUACAUUUGAAAGUGAUAGAAUAAAGAGAUUUUAAUGAGUUAUCACUUUUUCUGCUGAUAUAUUCAUUUUAAUGGCUUUUUUGAAAGUUCCUUUUUCAUGAACACACCCGAGAAAUCUUAAAUAGACACUUUGCAAUAUUUAAGAACCUAAUGCUGUUUAAUUUUGGUACAGCUUCCACAUUGCAUGUUCACUUUAGUAUUUGCAAUUUGAUAUAUUUCAUGGUGGCAAAAUAUUAGCUCUGUUUUGGGACAUUUUAAAAUAGAACUAUCCUUGUUCGAUAGCAUAGGAAAAUGUUCUGGUGAUUGUCAGGGUCUCCUAAUAUUUAUCUCAGUUCUUUUAUAAGUCUAUGGAAAUUAUUUAAUUAUUUUAAAACGUACACACUUUUCUUGUAAAUAUGUCACAUCUGAGUUCAAAAAAGUUACUUUGAAUACCUUAAUAUUUGCUGCAUUUUUUUCUGUAUAUAUAACAUGUCUUCUUUCAGAAUGGGAAUAUAUGUGUGCCUCCCAACAUUUACUGUUAAAGUGUGUUAUCUUUAUAUGUCAAACUGGUUGAACACUGUAAUGACUUGAGAAUAAACUGCACAGAGUUUA